AUGUCGUUGCAAUCGAUCCUGGCUCCUCAUCUCGCUACAUUCCGCGACACGGCCAAGGAUUUCGAUAUUGAACGCUCUCUGUCCUUCUACACGCAAGAUGCCUUGAUGAUCAAUAUCGUCGGGAAAACCGUCCAACAGGGACAUAAAGAGCUUCACGAAGUCUUCACCGAAUGCUCGAAGAACAGUGAUUGGAAGCCUAGUUACAGCGAAGAAGAAUUCAUCGGCGGCGACGAACUGAUCAAGUACAGUUUCCUCUGCACGCUCCACAAGGACGGCAAGGAGAUGAUGAAGCUUUAUUGCGUUCAGUACUGGCGCAAGCAGGCUGACAGCAGCUUCAAGAUCGAGCUCGAGACGUACAGCUAUUCU